CGCGUAGGGCGGCGCGGGAGGCGGCGGCGCCGCGGCCAUGGAGAGGGCGAGCCCGGCGGCGGGGAAGCUGAACGCCGGCGGCCGCGGGGCGGGCGAUGGGCACGGGCACGGCCCCGCGGGGGGCAGCCAGCAGCCGCGGGCGGCGGCGGCGGCGGGCGGCGCGGAGCCGGGCGAGCUGAUCGGGAGGGCGCUGGAUUUCAAGAGCGAAGGGGCGCAGUGCUACAAGGACAAGAAAUUCCGGGAGGCCAUCGGCAAGUACCACCGCGCCCUGCUGGAGCUCAAGGCGCUGCUGCUGAGCCGGGAGCCGGGCGGGCAGCGCCCUGCCAACGCCGCCGCGGGCGGGCUGAGCGAGGAGCAGCGGCAGGCGGUGGAGGCCAUCGAGGUCGACUGCUACAACAGCCUGGCAGUGGACACGAUACAGCCCAUGUACUUUUAUGAACAAUGGUUACACAGACCGCCAUGCACAAAGAUGGAUACAUCCAACAGUGCCUGCCUGCUCCAGGCCGAGCUGGUGAACUACGAGCGUGUCAAGGAGUACUGCCUGAAGGUGCUGCAGAAAGAAGGAGAGAACUUCAAGGCACUCUACCGGUCGGGAGUUGCAUUUUACCACCUGGGUGACUACAACAAGGCACUCUACUACUUGAAAGAGGCAAGAUCCCGCCAGCCAACAGAUACCAAUGUCAUACGAUAUAUUCAGCUGACAGAGAUGAAGCUCAGCAGAUGUUCCCAGAGAGAGAAAGAAGCCUUGUGAAGAAGGAGCCGCUUCAGCUGAAGUGCCCAAAGGGGAACAUUUCCUUCCCAGAAGCCCAUUUGGUGGAUUUUCUUGUUUGCUCUGCCUCAUCCCCAUCUCCUCAUCCACCCACUCUCCCUUGCUCUUCAUUGAAUCUUGGUUUUGAGAAAAGAGACUUAGACGCUGGGUAUGGCUGCAGCAAUUACCAUUGCCAACCACAGUAAUACCCCUUCCCCAUGGCAGGAGAGCACAAUGGCUACAGCCAGCCUUGUUCCAAGACAGUGUCACACACCUGGAGGAGACAAUGUGGGGGGACCUCUCUGGUCCCGAGCUGACUGCUACUACCUGUAGGGAAGCAAUCCCCAGACAACUCCUUUCUGACCAGACAAGCUGGAGACAAACAGUUUCUACUCUGAGUGAUCGAUGGAGCUUAGAAGAGCUAAGAAACCAAGAGACCGCUGGUGAUUUCACAGGGGACAGCAAAUGCCUUUUUACCAUCAGCUCCCCCUGCCUGCUUCUCCAGUGUGUGCUAUCAGUCUCCAUUGAGAGCUCACAUGCUCCCAGUACAAUUCCAGUGAAACUGUUUCUAAACAUCCUCUAAAUGAAAGCACAGAGCACCCUACAAUACCCCCAAAGCUGUCCCAGUGCCAGAGGAGAAGGUCGUGGGGUACCACAGAAGGCUGUAUAGACUGUAAGUGUGGUGUACAGUAUGAGGGAAAAACUGUGAAAUAAUUCAUUAAAGGCAAAUAAAAAUUAUUAAUAGGCAACAAGUCCAGGCAUUCCUUUUAGAAGGGACUUGUGGGUUUCCCGUAUCCAGACAGGCAACAUCAUCUGGUGGGGUUUGCUUGGGGUGGGGGACAGGGACGUCUCCAUUCAUGUACCAGCUCUGCCAAUGCCUUGCUGUGUGGUCUUAGGCAAGUCACUUAGCCUCUCUGUGCCUCAGUUUCCCCAUCUGUACACUGGGGAUAAUAAUACUUCCCUACCUCGCAGGGGUGUUGUGAGGAUUUACUAGUUCAUGUUUGUAAGUAUAGUGAUGUACAGUGCUAAGUAUUACUAGUACAUUGGAUUGAGGUCUUGAUUCUCCCA